GCGUGCGUCGUCUCCGGACACUUUGGUCGAAACUCUGCGUUUUUCACUGAGAGAAAAUGAACUUUGUCGGAUCUGGUGAUGGAGACGAGGCUGAAGAUCUUUACAGUCCAAUCUUCCUCGUGGUGUGAAGAUCACGCUGCGUCACCUCGACCAACAACCGUCCGUCUUCUCCGUCUGACUCGUCCUGUAAGACACUGUUGAUUAAAGUUCUCCAACAUGGCCGCCGCUCCAGAUGUCCCCUGCCUGUCGGAGCUCAGUGGCGUCCACGGCAGGAACAUCAGCUUCGUCUCCAGCACGCGACCCUGCAACCAGAGCGCCGCCAGGACGCCGCCGCCCUACAGCCCGCAGGCCACCGCGGCCUUCGCGGUCGCCAUCACCUUCAUGAUGAUGGUGACGAUCGUCGGGAACAUCCUGGUCAUCAUCGCCGUCCUCACCUCUCGCUCCCUGAAGGGGCCACAGAACCUUUUCCUGGUGUCGCUGGCCGCGGCGGAUAUUCUAGUCGCAACGCUCAUUAUUCCCUUUUCGUUGGCGAACGAGCUGCAGGGCUACUGGGCGUUCAGCUCCGUCUGGUGUGAAAUCUACCUGGCGCUGGACGUUCUCUUCUGCACCUCCUCCAUCGUGCACCUGUGCGCAGUCGCUCUGGACCGCUACCUGUCGAUCUCUCGGCCCGUGUCCUACGGCGCCAGACGUACGCCCUCGCGCAUCAAGGCCGGCAUCAUCGUGGUCUGGCUGAUCUCUGCCGUCAUCUCGUUCCCGCCUCUUCUCACGCUGGACAAGAGCGACGGAGGCGAAGAGGUUUGCGAACUGAACAACGAGCGCUGGUAUAUCCUCUACUCCACCGUCGGGUCGUUCUUCGCCCCGUGCGUGAUCAUGAUCCUGGUGUACGUGAGAAUUUACCAGAUCGCUAAGCGACACACUCGCUGCUCCCACGGACAGAAGCAGAAAACAACGGCGGGAGGAAACGCCGGCGUGGCAACCAGAAAGGUGCGUGAGCAGUCACCACCGAACGAGGAUCAAGGAGGUACGACUUCCAGCCGGCGAGAAAAAACCCUCAACAAAAUGUCUUCCCUGGAUUCCACCACGUCAUCACUCCAGAAACCGCCCGAGAGCACGGCGAGUCAGAGCAGUCAGCGCCGCCCUCCUCGCUCCUCGUCCAUCCCGCCGGGCGACAGCCAAAUCCUCUCCGCCGUUCCAGACAAAGCGUCCCAGAAACAUCCCGACGAAGGCGGAGGAGCGCUCGCCGACAACACGUCCAGCUCCGGCUCGGAGAUGGAAAUGGGCGGCGAAGGUUUUCCCAGAGAGGGCGACAAAGGAGAGAAGAGCAAAGGCGAAAAGGAAACUGUGGAAUUGUCCCAAAGCAAAGGAGCCAGAGUUCAGGCGCUGCACCUGGUCAGCAGACACAAGAGCACCGCGAUCACAUCGUCCGGCACCAAACUGGUUCCUGAGGGAACUCCCGCUUCUCGCCGCAAAGCCCUGGUGAACCGGGAGAAGAGGUUCACCUUCGUCUUGGCCGUGGUGAUGGGCGUGUUCGUGAUCUGCUGGUUCCCCUUCUUCCUGUCAUACUCUCUGAAGGCGGUGUGCCCCGAGACCUGCAGCAUCCCCGACCCUCUGUUCAAGUUCUUCUUCUGGAUCGGCUACUGCAACUCCUGCCUGAACCCGGUCAUCUACACCAUCUUCAACAAGGACUUCAGGAAGGCCUUCAAGAGGAUCCUGUGCAGGGACACCAAGGGGACCUUCUUCUAGAGAGAAAGACCUUUGUGUCCGUGCGAUAUGUAUCUGACCAACAAUCCACAUCCACACUUGUUCCUGGAGGAGACUGUGUCUGUCUGUCCACUGACAGCGGAGGAGACUCAGAGAGCCGCGGUCAAGUGGCCGAAUCAAUUAUCUCUAAUGUCGUUUGAGGAUACAGUGUAAUCGUGUCUUCAGGAUGAUUGGAUUUGGUUUUGAGACGGAAGUGGACAGGACACAGAGUCUGUGUGCAGAAGGUCUGAAACAAGCAGAGCUUCAUGUGUUGGUGUGCGUGUGCAUGGGAGCGGAGGAGGAGUCGCCUCAGGAUCUUUCUGUGUCGUGGUUCACGUGGGCACUGGAGGAACACCAGAUCUGAGCGCUCUCCUCUCUCCCCUUGCCUUUUCUUUCCUCCUCUGUUUGAAGCCGUGACUCGGGGAGUGGACAUUAUGACGAGGAGCUUUUAUCCCCCUGGGACCUGUUCAUCGCGGUGAUGGCCAGAGGCUUUUACUGGGAACAAGGAGAACAGGGGAAGCUGAGAAUCAGCAGAGCGACGGAGACGUGGCGAUACUUCCCACACUCCCGUUAGUUCUGUCCUCGUCAGUGCAUGUGUUCCAGGUCAUCGUGUGUUCACACAUUUCUAAUAUCACAUAGAAUCCAACUCCGUAUCUAUUUCACUGCAGAAGAGCGACAGAACACAGACAACGUGUCCACUACUGUUCUGGUUUUAUUCCAAACACAGAAGAUUUCUGUGAUUUCACUGUUGCCAUGUAGCUUCUCUUCUCUGCUCCUGUGUUGUCGUGUCCCAGUUGCUUUACGCUCUUGUUUUGAAAUGGAUUGAUAUGAAGGGCUGAAUAAAGGACGCGAGCGCUGGCCGGUGCUGGUGGAUUCAGGGGAGAGUGGGUGGGUUCGACUCUGAGCACUUACAGACGGGGAAUAAUGAAAUCAGACUAUUUGCCACCACUGUUUUCUGUCUGUGUAAUUUAGGAGAAUUAUCUUUGUCUGUUUCUGUAUCUUUUGGCCUCAAUGUAGGAUGAAAACAUAUUAACCAAAAAAUAUGUAAAAGGCAGAGUGAGCGCCUCAUCACACACGCUCACGUAGCCCUGGAAGAAAGAAAAGUAGGAAAUGAAGGUGAUAAUGAAGUGAAGAGUGGGACGUGUUGUUGUGAUGCUGCAGCAGAGUCACUCAGUGAUGACAGGCGUUGAAUCCUGUAAAAUGAGGGCAGCAGCUGUUAUCAUCCCCUGAUGACGAUGUUCAGUCUCCAGCGGCUGCGCAGAUAUUUUUCAUUUACCUUUUAUGUUGAUUUGUUGAAGUCACUUUGUGUAGGAUGUGAAAAACGCUGGUGACAUCGAGCGCUGGCGUCCAAACAGACGCCGAACCUGACCACCCGACCCGUGUCACAGUCGACCACCCGACCUCCAGUCCGACCACCUGACCCGGGUCACAGUCGACCUCCAGUCCGACCACCUGACCUCCACCUGACUUCCUGUCUGACCACCCGACCCGUGUCACAGUCGACCACCCGACCUCCUGUCCGACCACCCGACCUCCAGUCCGACCACCCGACCUCCAGUCCGACCACCCGACCUCCUGUCUGACCACCCGACCUCCAGUCCGACCACCCGACCUCCUGUCUGACCACCCGACCUCCUGUCUGACCACCCGACCUCCAGUCCGACCACCCGACCUCCAGUCCGACCACCCGACCCGUGUCACAGUCGACCACCCGACCUCCUGUCCGACCACCCGACCUCCAGUCCGACCACCCGACCUCCAGUCCGACCACCCGACCUCCUGUCUGACCACCCAACCUCCAGUCCGACCACCCGACCUCCAGUCCGACCACCCGACCUCCAGUCCGACCACCCGACCUCCAGUCCGACCACCCGACCUCCUGUCUGACCACCCGACCACCAGUCCGACCACCCGACCUCCUGUCUGACCACCCGACCUCCUGUCUGACCACCCGACCUCCAGUCCGACCACCCGACCUCCUGUCUGACCACCCGACCACCAGUCCGACCACCCGACCUCCUGUCUGACCACCCGACCUCCAGUCCGACCACCCGACCUCCUGUCUGACCACCCGACCUCCUGUCUGACCACCCGACCUCCAGUCCGACCACCCGACCUCCAGUCCGACCACCCGACCCGUGUCACAGUCGACCACCCGACCUCCUGUUCAACCACCUGACCUCCACCUGACCUCCAGUCCGACCACCUGACCUCCAGUCCGACCACCUGACCUGGGUCACAGUCGACCUCCAGUCCGACCCGGGUCACCGAGGAAGCAGCACAUGAGUCUUUUCCACUGGAACUUUGUGGAUGGACUUAAAUUGAGCAUUUCCCCGCGGUGAUACAAAUCAAUUUGAACGAUAAUUACCUGGAACAGUGUUGACGUGUCGCUGACUAAUAUGGAAAUGUUCCGGUUCGUGAACCCACACUGUGGCAGCCCUUUGCACCGACGCCUCAUUAACGUCCUCGCUGCAGGUUCGGGGUCGUUUAUCUUCCUGAGGUGGAAGAUGAAUGUUCAGCUGCUUCAUUUUUCAACCACAAUUAAUCGUUCUAAUUAUUCUACAAACAAAAGUUUACGCUAUAAUAUAUCAAUCAUUAAUCAUAAUUUAUUCAAGCGAAUCCAUCCUGGUUUUUUUCUCUCCUACAGGUGCAUAGCGAACGUUAGCAUUAGCAGAUGUUUAUUACCGACCAAUCAGAGACGUUGUGACUUUGUCUCCAGAGCCGAAAACUAAACCAACGUCAACCCGAGUGAUUGACCUAUAGGCCAGUGACAGUGACAUAUUAUGAUAUAUAUGAAAACAUAUUUGAACCAAUCACUGUUGAAUUCAGACGCUUGGUAUCUUGUUAUUGUUUUUAAAUUGGGUUAUGGAAUAAAAAAUGAUCAACAUCCAUUUAAGAGCUGAACAUGAUUCUUAUUACCGCUGCUAAAGGUUUUCAUCAGCGUUUGUUAGUGAGCAGGAUGAAAUCAUUAACCUCUGAACCGGAGGUGAACGACCCAACAAAGAAGUAUUACAAUUUUGAGGUGGAUCCAGAUAAAUUUGGCCGAUCCAGGAAUUGUUUAUUACCUCCUUUAGCAAGACGAGAUGGAGCGUUACACAACUGAGAUGAGAUAAUCAUCUGGUCGAGUAUUGAUUCCCAGAUAUUGAUCCAUCUCCUCUCGUACAGAUUGUGAAUUCCUCAAAACCGUGAAGCUGAAUUCUUCUUCCCUGAACGUCUGCGACAUCAUGGAGUCGACUCAGGAGCCAAACGAUCUCACGCGGCGCUGCAGAAGUUUUAACACAGUAGGACUAUUGAUAUUCAUUUAUGUAUACGUUCAAGAUGAUGGAUUCACAGCCCCGGGCCUUUAUG